GACUGUCUUGGAGACUGACUGCAACGAAAGGCAAUAAAGUUGUUUUGCACAUUGGUGGUGUACACUUAUCAAUUAAAACUUCGAACGGAUUUGAUAAUGUGGAAUUUUUCGAAAAACUUCGUUUAUGCCGUGGUUUUAGUUAAUAUGAUAAUUGGGGCUGUUCACUGCUCCUGGGAUCCAUACAAAGUAUUGGGUCUGAAAAGGGGAGCAUCAAUGUCGGAAAUCCGCAGAGCUUACAAGCAGAGUGCAAGAGAAUGGCAUCCAGAUAAAAAUAGAAAUGAGAAUGCAGAAUCGAAAUUUGUUGAAGUGAAUAAGGCAUACGAGUUAUUGGCAGAUCCCGAGCAAAGAAAACUGUUUGAUCAGAAAGGAGUUGUGGAUGACAGUCUUAAUAGAAAUAUGCACAACCCAAAUAACAGAUUUGGUGAUGGAGCAUCAUUUUUCUCUGGACAUGGUGGGUUCAGAUUCCAGUUUAAAAUGUCAGAGAUGACUGCAUUUCAUCAAUAUAAGAUUACUUUGAGGAGAUAUGAAAAUUUUAUUUUCCCACAAAGCCAUAGUCAACCAUAUUUGAUAUUAAUCUAUUCUGAGUGGUGUCUCAUGUGCCUCCAUGUAUUGCCAAUUUGGCAAAGACUAGUAGAAGAUUUAAAUCCAAUUGGAAUAAAUUUAGCUACAGUGCAUUUUGACCAAGAAGUGGAAUUGGCAAAUAAACUUGGAGGAAGGAGAGGGGAACUUCCUCAUGUUGUAUUGGUUAUGGAUUGCAGAAUUUCACACUAUAUUGAAGAUGAGCUUAGUAAUUCCAAAGUUAUAGAAUUCAUCCGCAGUCGAUUUUCCCGAAAUCUGAUUGCCUUUGUCAAUGAUCAGAACAUAAAUGAGUUUAUAGGUGGUUGGAAGGAUAACAAAGUCCGUGUUCUGCUGUUUGGCAAACUUGAAUUGGUCCGUCUGCGGUAUUUAACCUUGGCUUUUAAAUAUAGACCACACACAUUGUUUGGCUACGCACAAUUAAAUCUAGAGACAACACGGACCAUUGUUGAAAAAUUUGGUAUACCUUCGAAAUUAGAUUCUCUUUUGUUGUUUCAAGAAGACCGUGAUCGACCAGCUGCUCGAUUAAGUAUGGCUGAUUUACCAUACUCUACUUUGAAAGACGUAAUCGAGGUUAACAAAUACCUUCAACUGCCAAGACUUUCAUCUCAAAAAAUGCUAGAUCUACUGUGUCCUCCUGAGAGCUCUAAUGUCCGCCGGCGCUUGUGUGCGAUUCUUGUAACAGAGGAUCGCGAAGAGGAUGAAGAGGCGCGGGAACAACUUCGACACUUUACACGACAGUUCAAAUUCAGCCGUGAUCGCAUUGUCUUCAGCUAUCUUUUUCGAGAAAAACAGACGGAAUUCCUACGUGUACUUUUAGAAGACGGGAAAUCUCCAGCUGAGGCAACAACUAAACUAGUUAUAGUUUGGCGUCAAGAUAUCCAGCGACUUAGCUACACCUGGUUGCCUCAGCCAUUUGUUUCUGGAGCCGAUAACUGGAAUUCUAGCGUUGACUAUCUUCAUCGUACCUUAAUCAAAAUCUUGGGUAGCGCACAACCAUUAGCCCACACUACAUUGAUGAAAGAACUUGUUGAUGAAUAUGCUCAAGGUAUCUUUGGGCGAAUUACUGCGCGUCUAGUAACAACUGUUGAAGUCCUUAGAGAUCAUUUCACUCGUCAAGAACUUCUUGCUGUUGGCUCAGUUAUUGGAACGGUUCUCUUUAUUGCUGCAGUUGGAUACGUCAUGACUUAUCUUGUACGUUUGGAAGAAGAAACAAUAAGGAAAAAAGACAAGGGGUUACCCAAGACCCCUCGUCCAACUACGACGGAAUUAAAACUGCACGAACUUCGGUCGGAAACCUACAAUGGAAUGGUUAGGUUACUUAAACCUGGUUGCCGUACAGUUGUUUUGUUACUGGAUAACGAAUCAAUGGACGUUUUAAUACCUAAGUUUCACAAAGCCGUUUGGCCUUACCGAAAGAACAAAAGUUUGCUGUUUGGCUGGAUGAACAUAGACCGCGGUCUACCUUGGUACAGCAGACUGUUAAAUUUAGCAUUGAAGAUCGUUGACGAGGAUGAAGGAACUGAUGUUUCAUUGGAUUCCAAUUCCGUCAAACCGAAAAACUGUGUUGGAACUGUUAUCUCUCUUAAUGGGCAUAGACGCUAUUUUUGUAUUUACCACGCUCGUCAUCCAGAAUGCGUUUCCGAUAGUGGCGCAAAGAGAAUGCAGAACAUGGCCCGGCGUUUAACUGUUUCGAAUCGUGCAAUGAAUGAUACUAGUGGAGCGUUUAUGGGAUUUGAUACAUCAUUAGAGGAUUCAGAAAAUUCUGACAUUGAAAAGGGUGAUCCUCUGAAAUCACAAGAUAUGGAGCCACUGAUUACAAGCGGAUUGGGAUUACAUACUCAACAAUUUUCGGCCGAUUUUGCUUUAGACGGGUUAUCAAAUUGGCUAGAUCGUCUUUUCGAAGGCACGACCCAGCGGUAUUACAUAAACUACUGGCCAGAUUUUGGAAAUUUUUAAACUUUCUCAUAAUUGCAGAUGGCUUUUGUAAUGUACCCCUAGUCAAUGUCUUAUUUCAUUAUUUUGUUGGUUUGUAUGAUUGAACAUUUGAGGCCCUCUCAGUAUUUUGUUUAUUAAUUACACUGUCUCCAUGGUA